UCCCCCAAUUCCCCACAGAGAAUCACUCAAUCAGAAACCAGGAAGAAGAAGACGAAGAAGACGAAGAAGAAGAAGCAGAAGCAGCAGCGAACAGAGAGAGAAAACCGAGCAGAGCAGAGGAGAGGGAGAGAGAGAGAGAGAGGGAGGAAGGAGAAGGAGGAGGAGGCAUGGGCGUCGACUACUACAGGGUUCUACAGGUGGACCGCCAAGCCAAGGACGACGACCUGAAGAAGGCCUACCGGAAGCUGGCCAUGAAGUGGCACCCCGACAAGAACCCCAACAACAAGAAGGACGCCGAGGCCAAAUUCAAGCAAAUCUCCGAAGCCUACGACGUUUUGAGCGAUCCCCAGAAGAGAGCGGUGUACGAUCAGUACGGUGAGGAGGGGCUGAAGGGUCAGUUCCCGCCGCCGGGGGCCGGCGGGUACUCCGAAGCGGCCGCCGCCGGCGGGGGCGGGCCGACGUCGUUCCGCUUCAACCCGAGGAGCGCCGACGACAUCUUCUCGGAGUUCUUCGGGUUCACGAGCCCAUUCGGCGACAUGGGUGGGUCGCGAUCGGGGGGUGGGUCGAAUUUCCCGAGAGGCAUGUUCGGGGAGGAUAUCUUCGCGACACUGCGGAGCGGCGGUGGAGAGGGCUCUAUGCCACGGAAGGCCCCACCGAUCGAGAGGACGUUGCCUUGUAGUUUGGAGGAUCUGUACAAAGGGACCACCAAGAAGAUGAAGAUAUCAAGAGAUGUCAUGGAUAGUUCCGGGAGACCUACCACAGUAGAGGAAAUUCUUACUAUCGAGAUUAAGCCGGGUUGGAAGAAAGGAACAAAGAUCACAUUCCCAGAGAAGGGAAAUGAACAGCGGGGCAUUGUACCCUCGGAUCUUGUCUUUAUUAUCGACGAGAAGCCUCAUGGUGUCUUUAAGAGGGAUGGGAAUGAUCUUGUUGUCACCCAGAAGAUUUCCUUGGUGGAAGCACUUACUGGAUACACUGCGCAGAUAACGACGCUUGAUGGCCGAGAUCUUACUGUCCCGAUCAACUCCGUCAUAGGACCUACAUACGAAGAAGUCGUUAAAGGGGAAGGCAUGCCCAUCCCCAAAGAACCUUCCCGGAAGGGGAACUUGAGGAUAAAGUUCAACAUUAAGUUCCCUACGCGGCUUACUUCUGAGCAAAAGGCUGGUAUCAAGAAAUUGUUAACAUCAUCAUAAAGUGUACUGGUGGUAAACCCUCCCUACCAUCUGUUAAGAUCAGUGUAAGCCCCUUUCAUUUGGUUCUUUUAAGUUAGAUUAUGCUGGAAAGGUUUGGCGCCAUGUCCGAAUGGCGGGAAUUCUGUUGGAAAAAGUGUUGGCAAGUCUUGUUAGUAACUGUAAUUUGUUAUUCACCGUCUUCAUUCUUCGCUCGACGAAAGUCUUUACGGGCUUUCAAACUUGAUUGUGCAGCCGUUUUUGUUCGAACCAGAAACACUUCAUCUCGUUCGAAUGCUGAGAAACUGAUGAGAUGAAUGUAAGACGUUAAAGCUUUAUAGUGCAUCCCCAUGAUUUCUGAAAGGGUAA